GCCACAAAAAACAAGUAUACCUUAGCUUGUGCGCUUUUAGCUUGCAUGUCAUCAGUCCUACUUGGUUAUGACACGAGAGUGAUGAGUGGAGCAAUGAUCUACAUACAGAGGGAUCUUAAAAUCUCCGAUGUCCAACAAGAAGUCUUGGCGGGAACCAUCAACGUCUACGCUCUUCUGGGUUCAGCCAUCGCCGGUCGGACGUGCGACUGGGUAGGCCGACGAUACACCAUAGCCAUGGCCGGAGUAAUCUUCUUCGUCGGUGCCUUUUUUAUGGCAUUUGCCACCAACUAUGCCUUCCUUAUGGUCGGCCGGUUUGUCGCCGGGAUCGGAGUUGGGUAUGGUUUGAUGAUAGCCCCUGUAUAUUCUGUCGAGAUCUCUCCGAGAUCAAUUCGGGGAUUCACCACUUCUUUCACGGAAAUGUUCAUCAACUUUGGCGCGCUGCUGGGAUACGUGUCCAACUAUUUCUUCGCCAAGCUUGCCACAAACUUGGGGUGGAGAUUCAUGAUGGGAGUUGGCGCAAUUCCAUCGCUAAUGUUGUUCGUGGGGGGCUUGGUCAUGCCGGAGUCGCCACUUUGGCUGGUGUUGCAAGGCAGAGUAGGGAUGGCCAGAAGAAUUUCGGAGAAAACCUCGGAAUCUUUACCAGAAGCCCAGGAGAGAUUAGCCGACAUUAAGGAGGCUGCCGGCAUCCCCAAGGACAACCACGACGAGGUGGUAGAGGUCCCCAAGACCAGAACCGGUGGUAGAGGUGCAUGGAAGGAAAUGUUCAUCCAUCCCACACGGGCGGUUCUGCACAUCACGAUCGCAGGCAUCGGUUUAUGCUUCUUCCAGCAAGCUAGCGGCAUUGUUACGGUGAUGAUGUACAGCCCCACAAUCUUCGAGAAGGCCGGUAUAAAGAGCGAUAGCGGUAAGCUACUGGCCACCAUAUCUGUUGGGGUCACCAAGACCAUCUUCUUAGUGUCUGCAUUCUAUCUAGACAAGUUCGGACGGCGGAUAUUGCUGCUAACAAGCACCGGUGGUCUGGUAUGCUCCCUGGUGGGACUGGGCAUUGGGUUAACGGUGAUCGAUCAUCAUCCGAACGAGAAGCUAACCUGGGCCAUAGCUGUUUGCUUUUGCUGCGUAUUGUCGAGCGUAGCAACCUUUUCAAUGGGGUUAGGUCCGGUUGCUUGGGUUUACAGCUCGGAAAUUUUCCCCCUGAGGUUAAGGGCUCUGGGAAGCGGUUUGGCGGUGGCCAUGAACAGGUUGAUCAGCGGGGUCAUUUUAAUGACCUUCAUUUCAUUGUACAAGGCCAUCACCAUAGGCGGAGCAUUCUUUUUGUUCGGUGGAGUUGCAUUUGCGGCCUUCGUUUUCUUCUUUACACUGCUGCCGGAGACGAGGGGCAGAGGCCUGGAGGAGAUGGAGGAAAUGUUUGGCUCCUUUUUCAAGUGGAGGUCCACAGUCAAAGAGUUGGAGGAAAGAAAGAAAUUGAAAGCUGAAGAGGAGAAGACGAACGAUCUCGCUUAG